AAUGUAAGUAUACAAGUUAUAUACAGACAAUUUUUUGUAUUAUUAUUAUUAGGUUAUUAGAAUAAAAUAACAAUUGUGAAACAAGUCAAUAUUUAAAGACGUUUUAACGUUAAUUUAAUAUUUAUUUAUUACAUAUUUAAUAAUGGUUGAAAACGUACUUUGGCGAAACUCACAUAAUAUUAAUAUAGAUAAUAUCAUUUGUUAAAAAAUACUGAGCUGAUAGUCUUUCCUCGGUAGGCCUGAGCUUUUUAUUUUCCAUGGCCUCUCAUAAUUUGUUAAUUAAUAACUCAUAUUUUAUGCAAAAUUUCUCCAAAACCUUUCUGAAAUGUAGCAGAAAAAGAAAAUUAAUGUAUAGAUGGAGGCAUAAACCCAAGAUAUGCCAUGCAGUUUUAUCAAUCAAUCAAAAAAUAUUUAAAACUUCUACCGUCAAAUUACAAAUUUGGCGCAAAAUUCUAAAAUUGUCAGUAAAAAAACAUUUGAAAAUAAAUAUUUAAAAAUAUAAUAUACAGCUCAUAUUUACUUAAUGGCCAAACCUACCACCAUCAAGGAUGCACUACGCAUUUGGGAAGAAAAAAAUGGCAAAGAUCCCAUUACAGUGACAGACAUUGGUUUACAAUUUCAAUAUCCACCAAUUGAAAAAAUGGAUAGCACACUUAAUACGCUCGUUAACUGUAGGAAACUUAGUCUGUCUUCCAAUAUGAUUGAAAAAAUAACGGGUAUCAAUCAACUUAAAAAUCUCCGUAUUCUUUCAUUGGCAAGAAACAAUUUGAAAAGUAUCAAUGGCAUUGAGGCACUUGGAGAAACAUUGGAAGAGUUAUGGGUCAGUUACAAUAUUAUUGAGAAAAUUAAACCAAUUGAAUCCAUGAAAGUAUUGCGCGUAUUUUAUGUAUCGCAUAAUCUUAUUAAGGAUUGGGUAGAGUUCAAUCGUAUGGCAUUGGCGCCAAAACUGGAGGAAAUUUCAUUUCUUGGCAAUAUACUCAACGAGAAUAUGGAUGAAUUGGUUUUUAAAAAUGAAGCCAUACGUCGUUUGCCGCUAUUAAAAAAACUUGAUGGUGAACCGGUUAUAAGAGGCGAUUAAUUAACCCAAUAUAAAUAUAUAUAUUAAUACAAACCUGUAAAUGGCAACAUUUGGUGUAAAAAAAA